UUUUCAAAAUGUCAAAGCUUUUUAAACAUUCAAGCGUUAAUUUAAGGGAACGUAUAGCUGCCGAUCCCAAUUUUCAUAAGGGAUGUGAUAAAUUUACCUUUCCCAACGGAGAUAUUUAUGAAGGUGAAUUUAUUGCGCAUAGAAAGGGGCUUGUAUGGAGAGAGGGAAAAGGGACGUAUUAUACUGAAGACGGACAGAUUUAUAAAGGAACUUGGUUUAAUGAUAAGUUAGUAAAAGAAGACGAAUGCGAGGUAACUUACCAAGAUGGUGCACAGUACCUGGGACACAUCGACAAUGGUGAAUAUGUUGGUUCUGCUAUGUAUACUGUUGACAAGGGAGUUCAUGUUUUGGCCGACUUUGCCGGAAAUAAACCAAUGGGAAAUAUAACACUACUAGAUCCAAAGGGAAGGCAAUGGAAUGCAACUGCAGGAGAUACCUCUGCGCUUCUUCUGCCAGAACAUACAUUUUUCAACGAUAUAUCAGCCAGUUUAGGCAAAGGAAAGCCUAAAAUUCAAAGAAUAAGAGAACAUUCAGCAAAAUUGACAAAACCCCAACGAAAAAUGAGUCUACAAAAAUUAGAAGAUAGAAUUUUCGCUAAGUCGAAGAAAACUCCAUCUGAUUUAAAAUUCGAAGAAUCACAAUGGUAUCAGAACUAUAUUAGGUUCAGAAACGUGUAUGACAAUAUAUUGGAGAAAAUGUCGAGACUAGGUCAAGAAGGUCUUAGCCAAGAAGAACUUGAUUGGUUAGAAAAAUACCGCCACUUCAGAGAAAAAUACUUAAACUUUAUGAAGCACAAGGAAACUCCGCGUGAAAAAAGCUUGUCACAAUUUAACUUAUUUGAACUCUACAACGACAUAAUGCAAAACUCAGAGCAAAACUUUGUUUCCGUUUUUUAUCCCACCGUUAAAGAAAACUUACAAGAGGAGAAGAAAGAUGAUAUUGAUAAUACAGAAUCAAAGAAGAAUGCAGUUUAUUUUGAAAAAUUUGGAGAUACUUAGCUUUACAUUAAUAAAA